AACAAAUAAUGUCGAGAGACCUCAUUAGUUCAUUACUUCACCGUACUGGGCAAGGACGUGUAUUACUAGCUUCUUUUUUUUUAUUAAUAUUUUUAAUUUUCCCAUAAGUCGUACUUUAUACUAUGUCUAUGGUUUCAUUUGACAUUUCAUUUUGACUUUUAUUUUAUUGAGCGUUUAAUUAAAAGUGUUGAAAUGAAAUGAAAUUGAAAUAGAAAUGAAAUGAAAUGAAAGUGUUAUUAAAUAAUAAAAUGAAAUAUUGUUUUAUAGUUAGUGAAAUAUAUAUUUUUUUAAAUUUAUUAUAAAAUCUAAAGUGAAAUAGAUUUAUUUAAAAGUUAUUUUUUAAUAAUAAAUUACCCACACGCAAUAGUGAUCAUAUUUUAAAACAUCUACCUACUAAAUGUUUUAAAUACCAAAACUACUCCAAGAUAAAAACUUAAAGGCGCUAAAAAAAGAGCAUAGUAAUUAAAAAAAAAUGAAGCAAAGGAAAUAUUUAUGUGCCCAAAUAUACUUAAUGCUAGUAACAUUAUCGCUGGCACAAAAUACUGGCAGAAAACUGGGCAAAUUUGAAGAAGUGUUUGCUUGGAGACAACUCACCUAUGACAUAGAUGGAAGAGUAUAUGAUCGAGAUGUUUUCGACGAACCGUACAAUAUUGGUAAUACGCGUGACAGAGAGAAGAGACAAACGGAUAGCGUGUUUUUUAACAACAAUGAUGAUGAACCCGAUAGAAACUGGAAUCAUCGACCCCUCAUGAGGCCACCAAACCAAGCAAUCAUCGCAUCAACUAACAGACCGCAGUCAGUCGAGGAGAAUUCUCAACCGCCAAGAGGGAAUAGUGGACCGAGUGCUACAACAACCACUAUCAGACCUACAGACGAAGCAGGUAGAUUUUUCGUUCAGUACAAUAACAUACCGAUGGGUGUUGAAAGAGUUGGCGAGAGACUGUUCGUGACUGUUCCACGACGAAGAUAUGGUGUAAUAUCAACUCUAAACUUCAUAGACUUGAGUCGAGAUUCGCACACGCUAUCGCCAGCUCUGAAGCCGUACCCCAACUUCAGCGUCUCCAGACGUCUCACGUCCGUGUACAGGACCAGAGCGGACAGUUGCGGUCGACUGUGGAUGGUUGAUACUGGCAUGAUAGAAAUACCAAACAAUCGACAGCAGGUACAGCCACCGGCGAUUGUGGUUUUCGAUCUCAAUCGUGACAGACAGAUCUUCAGGUACCAGUUCAAGAGUGCAGACAUUCCUGCGGAAAACACGCCGACUGGUUUAGCCUCAAUCACUGUGGACAUCACCGACGGUGAUUGCGAGAAUGCCUUCGCGUAUAUACCGGACUUAGCCACCUACGGUCUGAUCGUAUACUCCUUGAGGGACAACGAUAGCUGGAGGCUGUCUCAUAACUUCUUUUCAUUCAGUCCCACGUCUGGAAACCUUAAUAUUGCCGGUCUCAGAUUCCAGUGGAGCGACGGAAUAUUCAGCUUAACCCUGGUGCCAGGUAGAGGAAACUGCAAAACAGCGUACUUCCAUCCCCUGAUCGGCACCCAAGAGUUCUCCGUAUCCACUUGCGUGCUGAAGAACAGGACAGUGUCCUCAGAUCCGAAUUACUGGUCACUUUUCUCUUUAUUAGGAGAUCGCGGCGAAGGAAGUCAAGCUACUAUGCACGACUACCACCCAGCUUCCAGGGUGGUUUUCAUCGCUGAGAUCGGAAGAGAUGCUGUGUCCUGUUGGAACACUGGUGAAGCCCUCGUGUCUACCAACAUAGCAAUAUUGGCGCAGGACAGCCAGAGACUAAGCUAUCCAGCUGAUCUGCACGUCACAGGCAAUGAGGUGUGGGUGAUCGCAAAUUCAUUGCCGCGCUUUAGCUACUCGAGAUUGGAUACUAACAGCUACAACUUCUAUAUUUAUAGAGGGAACGUACAAGAGCUAAUAGCGGGAACGCCCUGUACCAGCUACAGUAGUUCGUCGAACUAUAACAUACAGUAAUCGCGACGCUAUUUUUUUUUUUGCGUUUUUUCUUUCGAACAGGCUACGACCAUCGGCCAUACUGCUUUGUCUGACAACUCAGGUUUAGACGCCGUCACACUAAAGAAAAAAAAAUGUUUUUUUAAUUUGUGUUUCUUAGAAAAAAUUUUUAAAUACUUGUAUGAUACUUUUUGAAAUAAAUUUGAAUAACGCCAUCACUACAUGGUAUAAAUCAAAGUCGCUGUCUCUCCCUAUGUAUGCUUAGAUCUCUGAAACUAUACAACGGAUUUUGAUACGUUUUUUUAAUAGAUAGAUUGAUUCAAAAGAAAUGUUUAUAUUUAUAAUACAUGCAUAAUAUAAUUGAGAAAUAAUUUUAGAGUUUUCUAAUAUGAUAUCGUAAAUAAACACAUUUUUUAGCAUUUCACCCGUGCGAAGUCAGAGCAGGUUGCUAGUAUAACAAAAAUAAAAAAAUAGGGUAUAGGAAUAUAACACCUUAGGCCUCAGAAAUGGUAACGCAUGACGGGUAUCGGGCUACACAGUACUCUGUUAUGUGUAUGGUACUACUCAUGUCUAUAGACGACGGUUACCACUUUCCAUCAGGUGGGCCGUCAGCUUGUUUGCUAUUCUAUAAUACAUAAAAAAAUUUAGUUUCCAACACAUGGAGACAUAAAAAUUUGCAAUUAAAAAAAUUUUUACUAUUAAGCUUCAUUUUUUUUUUUUUGUAUUUUAUGGUUUAUAAACAACGAGAAUUAAUUAUCAUUUCAAUAAACUAUGAUAAUUUGCCAAGGUUUUUUUAUGACGAUAAUAGGAUGGUAACCCCGCCUGCGCUAUCGGUAUACGCUGACGGGACACCAGUAAAGGAUGAUAGGUGAGGAUGAAAAGGCAAGUCAGUUAGCCCAUCAUGAUGGAUACAUCAGAAAUUAACCAUGGUGGUUUCCAAUAACCACCUGGUUGGGCAAAUUUUUUUUAAUAGGUGAAAAGGGAAUGGUAGCCCCGCCUGCGCUAUCGGUAUACACUAGCGGGGUACCAGUAAAGGAAAUAGGUGACGAAUUCAACAAGAAUUGUUCACGAUGGUUUCCAGCGGUGGACCUCUACGCGGUUCCCCCUGGAAACCGUUGUACUUAAGUCAUGCCGAAUUCGUCACGAUGGGCUAACUGACCUGCCUUUUCGUCCUCACCUACCAUCCUUCACUGAUGCCCCGGCAGCGUAUCCCGUUAGCGCAGACGAGGUUACCGUUCCAUUAUCACCUAUUUAAAAAAUCGUGUACGUGACUGCAGACUACAGCUUGGCAAAUUUUCGUCUACCUAAAAAAUACAAAUACCUUAAUAAUCACGUUAGUUUCCGUUUCUUAUAUUCCACACUGUUUUUAGAAAUUUGUUAUAAGCUUUUUUUAUAUUUUGUAAAAUAAAUAAAAACUCGAAUAAUA